AUGUUGGGCAGACUCUUGCAAACGGCUCGGUUUGUGCAAAGCCCGGUGCAGAUGAUGCUCAUGCAGACCAGAACCAAGAUGAAGACCCACAAGGCGGCGGCCAAGCGGUUCAUCAAGACCGGCACCGGCAUCAAGCGCAAGCAGGCCGGCCGCAACCACGGCAACGGCGGGUUCUCCGCCAACACUUUGCACCACUUGGACGGGUUCGUCAAGAUCUCCAACCGGGGGCAACACUUGAAGAAGAUCGGUCGCUACUUGUGA